UUAUAUGUAUUUCUAGCAUAUUAUGUCCACAUUACUAUACCACUUAAUCAUGACCACAAAAUACUUAUCAUCUUUCCAAUAAAAUGGAGACACAAAGUCGCUUCAUUUUAGAAAAAACCUACCUCUUUUUAAACACAAUGUGUCAGCAUUAUCUGGCUGCACUCACGUAUCUCAGUUUCACCUUUUGUUAUAAAUAAUAUCCACAGUCGUUACCAGCUGAUACUCAAGAAAAUUGUAUUGUGACAAAAACAAGAAAAUGCCCAAAAAGGAAAAUAAAACUGCUGAAGAGAAACAUAUCCCUCUAAUGGCCCCUUAUAAAAUGGGAAAUUUUCAAUUAUCUCAUAGAGUUGUCUUGGCACCAUUAACAAGACAAAGAUCUUAUGGCAAUGUUCCUCAACCACAUGCUAUUCUAUAUUAUUCGCAAAGAACAACACAAGGCGGUCUUCUAAUAGGAGAGGCCACAGUAAUUUCUGAAACCGGCAGAGGGUACAAAGAUACACCUGGUAUAUGGACAAAGGAGCAAGUAGAAGCCUGGAAACCAAUUGUAAAUGAAGUUCAUGCCAAAGGCGGAAUCUUCUUUUCCCAAAUUUGGCAUGUUGGAAGAGUUUCCAAUAAAGAGUUUCAGACCAGUGGACAGGAUCCCAUUUCCUGCACAGACAAGCCAUUAGCACCUCAAAUUCGUUCCAAUGGCCUCGAUGUGAUACACUUUACACCACCACGACGGCUAACAACAAAUGAAAUUCCUCAAAUUGUUAAUGAUUUUCGGAUUGCUGCUAGAAAUUCAAUUGAAGCGGGAUUUGAUGGAGUUGAGAUCCAUGGAGCUCAUGGGUACCUAAUUGAUCAGUUUAUGAAAGAUCAAGUCAAUGAUCGAACUGACCAAUAUGGAGGAUCAUUAGGGAAUCGUUGUAGAUUUGCACUUGAAAUAGUUGAAGCGAUUGUAAAUGAGAUAGGAGGUGAUAGAGUUGGAAUAAGGCUUUCCCCAUUUGCAAGUUACAUGGAAUCGGGAGACACAAAUCCAAGUGCUUUGGGACUUUACAUGGCUGAAUCUUUGAACAAGUAUGGCAUUGCUUACUGCCACGUCGUUGAGCCUAGGAUGAAACAAGCUUGGGAAAAAUCUGAAUGCUCUGAGAGCCUUGUACCCAUGAGGAAGGCAUUUAAAGGUACUUUUAUAGUAGCUGGUGGUUACGAUAGAGAAGAUGGAAACAAUGUCGUGGUUGAAGAUCGAGCUGAUCUGGUCGCAUAUGGGCGUCUAUUCUUAGCAAAUCCAGAUUUACCAAAUCGAUUUGAGCUAAAUGCUCCUCUCAACAAGUAUAACAGGGAGACAUUCUACACAUCAGAUCCUAUUGUUGGCUAUACUGAUUAUCCAAGUCUAGAAACAACGUCAUGAUGGCCGGGGCGUCAUGAUGGCCGGGGUGGGCAAUGUUGUUAGAUACUACUUCAUAUGUCUCACAAAAGGAGUGAUCUAUUAAUAAAGGUCACCAACAUUUUCUGCACCAUAUUCUGUCUGUUUUCAUCAUAUUUAGUGAUAACACUGGUGUUCCUCAUACUAGGAGCCCCUUUAAUGCAUAA